AUGCUGACAAACCUGAGAAACGAAACACAUUUCCAUGAGAACUUAAGAUGUGAUUUUCCUACCAGUUCAAUCGCCGUCCAAGUCAGCAAGAUCCUUGCCUAUGCCAUUAUCUUAAUUUUUGGCUUGCUAGGAAACGCUUUUAUCAUCGUAAUCGUGUAUAAGCGGCAAGAGCUGAGAAACACGAUCAAUUACUUCAUUGUGAACAUGGCGUUAUCAGACUUUGUGUUUCCAUUAACAACCAUUCCACUUAGCAUAAAAGACAUUGCUUCCAAUUCUUCGCAUUGGCCUUUAGGUGGUACUGCAGGAUUAAUACUUUGUAAACUGAGAUGGUUUUUACAAUCCGUCUCUAUCACUGUCUCCACUAUAAGUCUGGUUUGGAUAGCGGUAGAUCGUUUUUUGGCAGUGGUUUUUCCAAUGAAACUUCACUUGAUCUCCUCAAGAUUUCGUGCCCGUGCCAUUGCCUCAACUUGGCUCGUGGCGAUGUUGGCAAAUGCGUUUCUCUCUAACGCGUAUGAGUUGGUCGACGAAAACGAAGAAACUGUUUGUAGUAAUUCCCAAAAUAUUUCUUUUGCGUAUCUAACCUAUGCAAAAUUAUAUACUUUACUUUUUCAAAUUGCACCACUCCUCGCCACAGCCACUUUAUACUCCGGCAUAGCGGUAAGCUUAAGACGGCAAGAUCAGGCACUUCGUAAUUCGCCCCAAGUGCGUGACCUGCAGCGACAGGUACGCAAGAAAAAGCUACGCGCCAUAAAGAUGGCCUUCUGCAUUAUGGCUGCAUUUUACAUUUGCAUUUUCCCGAUCGUGUUAUAUUUUAUUUUGUGGGAAUAUACAAUUGCAGUGUCAUGUUCGUUUUCCAAUAAACUCCUGUUUAUUGCUUCCGUCAUGCUAUUUCUGUCCUCAGCAACAAACCCAGUGAUUUGCAUGACUUUUGUUCAAAGCUAUCGACAGGCUCUUAAAGGGAUUUUGUGUUCUUGCUCUAGCAAAUGGUCUCCCGCGACAACAAGCCGGAAGAAGGUGGAAAAUGAAGAGAGAGAGCUUGCCCAGAUCAGGCACAAUUGA